AUGUUCAACUAUAGCAACUUUGAACAUGUCUUCCCCCCGGAAACUAAGCUUCCGUACGAUCGCAGGCUGCAACACGACAUUGAAGCGCAUCGCAAGACAGCCGACGGCCUCUUAUUCAUCGACCGUGUAAUGCGAGCGCUCGGAAUUUCCAAGGCAAAGGUGUAUCCCCCGAAGACGGAGAACGCACUCCGACAACUGCAUCAGCAAAUCUGCGAAGCGGGGAUGUCGUUGCAUCACAAGUUUUCCCUUCUGUAUUACGUCCUGCUCGAUUUUGACGACGCGAGCAAAGACAUUUUUGCAUCGGAGAGCUUUGCCAGCUUGUCCGGCAUGCCGGCUAAUUACCAGCUCUUCAUGAAGGGCCUCUGGCACAUGGACAGAGGCGAGUAUUCUAGCGCCAUUGAGUACGUCGCGCAUCCGUCGUUGGAUGCUGACUUCGCAGACGACAUCAUCAUCGCCCUCGUCAAGCAAUCAACAGACCAGGAUUACACUCUCGCUUUGUCGUACUUCUACUCCGUGCAUCCGAUAUUGAAGUCUCCAGUUGCUCUUGAACUGCUAUUUGACGCCAUGGCUCGCACCAAUGUCACGCAGGCUCUUCUAUAUUCGCGCACGCACCCGCCACACACCAGAGAACAGUUGUUCCGCCGGUGGAUUUCAUGUGUGAUAAAUAGUGGCGGCGGCGGCGGCGAAGACUCGUCCGGUCGCACCAGUGAGCUGGCAUUUAUGCCUUUUGAUUCUCUGGAAGAAACUUGGUUCGAAGAAUACCUCACUGUGCGCGAGGGAAGGAUUCUGAAGAAAGCCAAGGACACACUGUUGAUCCGAAAGAUUGCCUGUGAUCGAUUUUCUGAUGUGGCCAAAGUCCGCCUCAGCGGGCCGUGGGCUGCCAUUCUGGAAGGAAUUAGAGGAGGGACCGAUGGCCAGACGGACUAG